GCCUUUCCGGAACUUUGUGAAACAAUCUUAGCUAGCUCGACAACGUCUCAAUACUUGUGUAUUUUGAGGAAGUCCAUUGAUGAUAAAAUAGAUAUAAUGGAAAAGUUAUUCAACAGUUCUGUCUGGAGGACAAGUGACUGUCAGGCCUGCAACAGGAUGUUGCUGAAAAUACUGCUGGGCUUUCUGUGUGGCGUCAGAGCUUUGGCCACAGAAAAUGACACGGCUCAGCAGGGUCCACCGCCGCUGCUGCUGGUGUCAUUCGACGGUUUCCGAGCGGACUACCUGCAGAGGUUCCCCAUGCCGAACCUGAAGCUCCUGUACAGCCAAGGGGUCCUGGUAGAGCAGCUUACCAACGUCUUCGUCACCAAGACGUUUCCCAACCACUACAGCCUGGUGACAGGGCUGUACGCUGAGUCACACGGUAUCCUGGCCAGUAAUAUGUACGACCCUGUCAGCCACAAGUACUUCCACACAAACAACGACACCGACCCGAUGUGGUGGAGCGAGGCGCAGCCCCUCUGGAUCACGGCGCUGGACUCCGGCUACAAGACGGGAGCCAUGAUGUGGCCCGGCUCAGACGUCACCAUCAGCAACCGCACAGCGACACACUUCAUGCCCUACAACUCUGACGUCACGUUCCAGCAACGACUAGUGAACGUGACAAACUGGAUGGUGGGAGACGGAAAGGAGCAAGGGGUGAAGUUCGCAGCUCUGUACUGGGAGGAGCCGGAUCGGUCAGGUCACAUAUUUGGCCCUGACAACGCAACUGCCAUGGGCAAAGCGCUGAAGGAGGUUGACGAGAACAUUGGCCUGCUGAUUUCGGAGCUGAAGCAAACCGGCCUCUGGGGUCACAUCAACAUCCUGAUAACCAGUGACCAUGGCAUGGCUCAGUGCUCGACCGAGCGCCUCAUACAGUUGGACAACUGCCUCCACCCCGACAACUACACACUGGUGGACCUCUCGCCUGUCGCAGCCCUCAUCCCAAAGAAAGAACCAGAGGCCGUCUUCACUCUGCUGAAUAAGUGCCACGCUCAUAUGACAGCUUAUUUGAAAGAGGCCAUCCCUGAUAGGCUGCACUACAGGAAUAACAAAUGGAUCCAGCCAAUCAUACUGAUCGCUGACGAGGGCUGGACUAUAGUGCAGCGAGGGGACAAGCUGCCAAGAUUGGGCGAUCACGGCUAUGACAACUCCCUAUCCAGCAUGCACCCCUUCCUGGCAGCAGCGGGGCCCAGCUUCCGUCGAGGUUAUCGAAUCAGCCAUUUACAGAGCGUGGACAUCUACCCGCUCAUGUGCCGCCUGCUGUCGGUGCCCCCGCAGCCCAACAACGGCACCCUGACCCAGGCUCGAUGCCUGCUGGCUGCUGAGACCUGCUGGGAUGUCCCUCUGAUGAUUGGCCUGGUGGUGGGCGUCCUACUGGUACUCACUACAGUCACUGUUCUAUUCAGGAUGCUGAGCCAAUGCCGUCCGUCAGGCCCCCGGCCCUUCCAGAGGCUGCAGGUUGACGACGAUGACGACGACGACGACGACGACCCCCUGUUGGAGUAAACCAGUCAGACCACACACUAAUCUGUGUCACCUAUUCGUGCUCCAAUAGGUACUUGACAUGUUGCACUUUAAUCACUGAGGCCGCUGCCCUAGCUUUCACUCUGACAUGUGUGUGCUGUAUGUGUGUGUUGAUGUGCGCGUACAGACAUGUAGUAGAAAGACCAGUUGUAAAAGUAUUUUUUGGGCUUUUGCCUUUAUUUGAUAGUGCAGCCGAAGAUAGACAGACAGGAAAGGGGGGAGAGAGAGAGAGAGGGGAUGGAUUCAACCAGGGCCACUGCGCUCAGGACUCAGCCUUAACACAUGGGGUGCGCACUCCACCAGGUGAGCUACACCCCAGACCUGUUUUAAAAGCCUUCAGGCCUACAGACAGCUGCUUAGGAAUUGUACACUGGUGUAAAAACAGCUGUAGGAAAUAGUGAAUACUAUAGUUGUCACUGACACUCCAUAAUGUUACUGUUGUUAAAAAUCCUGUUACGAUAGACUUGAAAAUGUGACGAGAAGCCAGUGGUGUUCUGUUGUGGAAUUUUGGGAAAUAUUGAAAAAUCUUGGGUGGGAGGAUGAUAACAAUGAGAUGAGUAAUUAUAAAACGUUUGUUUAAGUUACUGAUUUAAGAGAUUUGUUUUAUGUUUUUCUGUGGCAAUUGUGUUUAUGGAAAACUUUAUUUUCUGUGUAUGUAAUUUUUUUGCAUUUGUAGUGUUACUUUUUGUCAGCAGAGGGAGCCAGUAGCUCAUUUAAGAUUUAUAUAUUGUCUCACUGAGAUCCUGUGUUUCAUGAAGAGGAAAGCUUGAAUGAAUUUUAGUUGGAAUUUUUUUGAUUGUCUUUAUUUUGCAGAUUUCUGUGUCUACUGUUACUGUUUGGGUUUAUUUGUUACACUGAUACCUGAGUCGGAAGUCAUCUCAAUGACGCUUAAAUUCUCCUUUUAUCCAUACUUGCAUGUUUACAAACUGAAAUCUGAAUUGAUACAUUUUUACUAUUGAAUUAUAGUGUAAUAGGUAAUAAUAAAUAUAAAUGCUACAGUAAAGUGAAAUGGUGUUUUUAAAAAGGGUGUUUUCUAUGCAACUUGUAAGUUGUACAGUAAGUGUAGGUGUGUCAGGUGUAUCGAUUCUGUACUUAUACUUAGUAUGUAUAUGAAUUAUACCAAAGACUAUUAUUAAGAUGCACAACAGAUGCUGCAAAGAGAUAUUCACCAUCUGAUAAAAGAGAAUUAUUUUACAGAGAGAUUUCUAUCAGAAAAUGAAAACAAUAUAAUGGUUAUUAUUAGCAUAUGGAUCACCUGGAUUUUAAAAAUAGUACAAGAUCAAAUUCAGUUGAAAAAUCAUUUAGGAGUAAGUUUCCAAAUUUUUCUGAUGCUUACUGAUGCCUCUUUUCUUACUACCAACAAAUCCCAUUAAAAGACCAAAGCCAGCAAUUAAUUGAUCCUACUAACAAGUAUUGUCUGAGUAUCUAAAGUCUUAUAUGUCUUGUUCCUCUGUGUCAUAGAGCGACACUAUUGCACUGGCUUUUUCAUAAUAAUGAACAUGGGCACUGUAGUUUAUUCAAUCACGAUACACUGUCCUGCUGCUGUAAAUACUCAAUAGAGUACAAAAUGUGUAGUCAUCCGCAGCUGAAAGUAGUCUCCAACAAAUGCACUAUUUUGUUCUGUUUGAGUAACAUUUGCUAAAAACUACAGUGCCCAGCUGUUACAGGAAAUUAUUGAGUGUUUUUUGAAAAAUUAAACUAUAUAUUUCUGACCAGUUUUUAAGAUUUAUGUCGACAGUAGAAACUAAUGGGUUUGGACUGCCACCAACAGGGCUGGGAUGACGAAAAGUAUCGAGAGACAGAGUAACAGGUUUUGGUCUUUUCAUGGGAUUUCUUGACAAUAACAGAACUAUAGAAUAUUGCCAGUCUCAUCCCUUAAUGAAGUGCUGCUUGCAUGCUUCUCCAACCAUGUAUCUAGUGAUAUGUAUAUAUUGUUCAUGCAUCUGUGUGUGUGUGUAAGUAUGCCUCUUGCUGCUGAAACAAGUGAAGUUCUGUUCUUUCUUCUGCAUAUAGCAUUUUUUAAAACAUCAAUUUGUAAAAUAACAUUUGAUGCUAUGAUAUUAUCACCAUUAACAACUGAGACCAUGGUCAACAUGACUAACUCACUAUAGUAGUAUUGUGCUAGCUGGUACUUAAAUAAAUAAAUAAAAAUUGUACCCUCCCCCUAUAUUAUAUUGUGAAACAGUAUAAUUUUCUGCCAUAAAGCAAUCCCAGUGUAAAAUUCAGGCCAGUAGUAUGGUGGGAAAUGCAGUAUAGAAGCUCCCAGUCUUGGUCUCAUUUUUAAUGUUAUCGUAUUUAUAUGUUUGUGAUGUUUCAAUGCUGCAUCUUUGCACUCUUUGUUUGAAGUUACUGUUUUUAGUUUUCUAGUUUUGAGAAGUGUAAAAAAUCCUUUUGGCACUAUGCAAAUCCUGCCUGGCCUGUAGAGAGAUUCCUGUGCUUUAAUGACAUUUUCAAAAUAAAUAAUUGAUUAAAAAUCUGA